CCUGCAGGAGCUGAUCUGCUGCUUCAUGGCUCGACGUGUCGGGAUGAUGGUGGUGGGGGGUCCGUGUUUCACUUCACAUUACACCGCUGCAGCGCCUGGUUCUGUUCUGGCGCCAUGACUUCAGUCCUGGCUCUCAGUGGACGGUGAGAGCGUGUGUUCAGCACCACGGACAGCGCCAUGACGCGGCUGCGCAGGAAGGCUCUGGUCGCUCUCUUCCUCUUCGCCCUCUUCAUUUUCGGAACCAUGAUGGGCCUCAGGACGCUGAAACCCAGCGACGGCUUCUCGGACCUGGCGCCCGGAAUGGACCUGACGGGGGAGAGGUCGGAGAGGAGCCGUCAGGAGGAGGGGAAAGGCUCGCUGGCGUCUCCGGGCCUGUUCCAGGCUGCGAGCGACACCAAGGUGGUCCUGAGCAGAUCCGACAGGGAGCACAGCAUAUUCUAUGACGUGCACAUCUUCUACUACUUGUGGUACGGCUCUCCCAACGUGGACACGAAGUAUAUCCACUGGGACCACCCAAUGGUGCCGCACUGGGACCCAAAGAUCGCAGCCGAGCACGCGCAAGGGAAGCACGCGCCUCCCGAGGACCUGGCGUCCAGUUUCUACCCUGAACUGGGACCCUACAGCUCCAGGGACCCAAAGGUGCUGGAGUCUCACAUGGCGCAGAUGGAAGCAGCUGCUGCAGGGGUGUUGGUGUUGUCAUGGUACCCUCCAGGGGUGGCAGACGAACACGGGGAGCCCACUGACGACCUGGUUCCCACUGUCCUGGAUGCCGCCCAGAAGCACAGCAUCAAGGUGGCCUUCCACUUCCAGCCGUACAAGGGAUGGUCUGAUCGGAGCAUGCAUGACAACAUCAGAUAUAUUAUUGAUAAAUAUGGAAACCACGAUGCCUUUUACAGAUUCAGGAAAAGCACAGGGCAAGUCCUGCCCAUGUUUUACAUCUAUGACUCCUACCUUACACCACCUGAAUCCUGGGCAGAACUCCUGACAGCUAAAGGCUCCCAAAGCAUCAGAGGCACGCUUUAUGAUGGGAUUUUUGUUGCCCUCAUUGUCGAGGAGCGCCACAAACAUGACAUCCUGGCAAGUGGAUUUGAUGGGAUUUACACCUACUUUGCUUCCAAUGGCUUUUCCUUUGGUUCCUCACACCAGAACUGGAAAGCCAUCAAGACCUUCUGUGAUGCAAACAAUUUGCUGUUUAUCCCCAGCGUCGGACCAGGAUAUGCAGACACAGCAGUGCGUCCAUGGAAUAGCCACAACACCCGAAACCGAGUCAACGGACGUUACUACGAGACAUCCCUGCAGGCAGCUCUGGCUGUCAGACCAGAGAUUGUCACCAUUACUUCCUUCAACCAGUGGCAUGAAGGCACUCAGAUCGAGAGGGCUAUACCCAAGAAAACUCUGACUCGUUUGUACAUGGACUACAAGCCAAAUGACCCAGACCACUAUUUGCAGCUCACACGCCAAUGGGCUGAGAACUUCAACAAGGAGAAAGAUAAGUGGCUAUUGUGAACGUGUCUCCAGCUGCUGGUAGAUGCUCUGAGCAGAACCAGGAAGUACGUUAAGGCC